AUGGAAUAUGAGAAGAAUGUCAAGGACACCCAAGUCGACACUAACUCGACGCCCAGCGAGUCGGCCGAUGCCGUGAUUACCGAGUUCCCGCCUUCGACCGGUCACAUCUACGGCUCCGUAGAGCCGCACGUCUUCUCGCACCCGGCCCGAGCCGAAUAUUGGAGGAAUGUCUAUGACAAUGCAAAGUACGAGUGCAGACACAGGUUCGAUCCGUCGUUCCAGUGGUCUCCUCUGGGUGAAGUUACCGUUAAAAGGAAACUGGACUGGCGAAUCAUGCUCUGGGUUUGGAUUAUGUUCUCGUCCCUCGAUCUCGUCCGUCGCAACAUCAACCGCGCCGUCUCUGACAAUAUGCUCGACGAUAUUGGUGUCAAUACCAAUGACUACAAUACGGGCCAGACCAUUUACUUGGUCAGCUUCCUCGCUGCCGAGCUGCCCGGCGGUCUGAUCAGCAAGAAAGUCGGGCCGUUUCGGUACACGCCUGCUGUCAUUGUUCUUUGGGGCUCACUGUGCAUGACCCAAGCCGCAAUCAAGGCUAGGUGGAGCUUCUGGCUUCUUCGUGCUUUUUUGGGUGUUGCACAGGGAGGGUUCAUCCCAGAAAUGAUCCUGUAUCUCUCGUACUUCUACAAGGGCAACGAACUAGCCGUCCGCUUGAGCAUCUUCUACACUGCUAUCCCGUUGACCCAGAUCUAUGGCAGUCUGCUUGCGGGUGGCCUCCUGGAAAUGCGAGGAGUUCUAGGCUGGGGGGGCUGGCAAUGGCUAUUUCUUAUUGAAGGCCUCAUAUGUGUCCUCAUUGGAAUUGCCGCCUUCUUCGUCAUGCCUCCUUCAAUCACCGAGCCCGCCUUGGCGUUCAGGCGCCCAGACGGUACCAACAAAUGGUGGACGGAGGAGGAGGAAAAGAUCCUCGUCAACCGCCUGCUUCGCGACGACCCAACGAAGGGUGACCUGAAUAACCGUACGGCGGUGACCCUUAGGGGCAUCUGGCAAACACUGUCCAACUUUGACCUGUGGCCCAUCUUCAUCGUGAGAAUCCUAUUGUGGCCCCCGAUGACCAAGCUAAUAACGCAGGUUGGUAUUUUUGCUUGGAUUCCCUUCCAGCCGACCUCGAAUUAUCUCUCCCUCAUCCUGCGAGAAAUGGGUUAUACCGUGUUCCAAUCGAACUUGCUGGCCAUCCCCGGCUACGCGCUUUUCGCCAUCAAUGUCGUUGUAUUUGGCCAGAUAUCGUCCAGGCUGAAUGAGCGGUUCCUCGUAGCAGCCUGUAGUAAUCUCUGGAUGCUGCCGUUUUUCUGUGCUCUCGUCGCCCUAAAGCCAGACACGAACCCCUGGAUUCGAUAUGCCAUGUUGACUGGCAUCAACGGAAUCCCUUACACCCAUUCUAUUCUAGUAGGCAUGGUCAGCCAGAAUGCCAAGGCAGUUGGCCGUCGAGCUGUGGCAGCGGCGAUCUACAACAUGACCUACCAAGUAGGCAGCAUCGCCGCCGUCAACAUCUAUCGCGAAGGCGACAAACCCUAUUACUACACUGCAAACAAAGGCCUUAUUGGUCUCUGCGUAGUCAAUAUUGUGCUCUUUGUCCUGGCAAAGCUCUACUACGUGUGGCGAAACCGGGUUUUGGCCAGGCAAUACGCGGAUUUGUCUGAGACCGACAAGGCCCGCUUCUUCGAUGCCCGCUUCGUGCAUUGA